CCAGCGAUGACGGAGCUCCGAACUGGACAGCUCGUCUGAAGCUAUCAAUCUCCUGCGACAACAACCACUGAGCGGAAACUGAGCUUACCAAAGCCGUUAAUCAACCUGCCCACCUCAGACCCUCGGGCAGCCCCAACCCGAGCUUUGUAUACACGAGACGAGGCAAUUUCUCUUUGUCCGCCUACUUCCUGACAUCAACCCCCGACGAGACCUGAAGCAUCCCUGUUUAUGGAUCGGACAAAUCAUUAAUCAUGUCCUCGUCUGGGCCCGACAUUUCCGAGCUCUCCGAGAGCCAGCGGUCUGCUCUUGAGACUUACACCGCCGUCACAGAUCAAGACCCCGUGGCCGCCAUUGCAUUGCUAGGUCGAUCGCAAUGGAACGUACAGAUUGCCAUUGCGAAAUUCUUUGAUGGAGAAGGGCCGGACCCUGUGGAAGAAGCCCGCGCCGCUCUUGAGAACAACAGCCCUGCUCGUCCGAACCGUCAAACGCAGAACCUCCUGCAUGAGGAUCUGACUGCACGAUUCUCACCAGCCUCACCAACCUCAUCAGCCGCCGAACCAGCUCCCCGUGUCGUAACCCAACCAGGCGAUCAGCCCGUUUACCGUCCACCUUUCCUACUAGCCAUCGUCUUCGCCCCAAUUAAUAUCCUAUACCGAUUGCUCUUCAGCUCCUUCCGCCUGUUCGGCACCCUAUUCCCCUUCCUCCCCCGAUUGUUCAACUCAACAGCAAACCCUGCUCUACAAGGUGCCCGGCGAAAUACCACGGGGCGUCGUCCGUUACCGCCAAAAGAUACAGCCGCCAGAUUCAUUCGUGAAUUCGAGGAACAAUAUGGGGCUCACUCGGUUGAGUUCUUGGAGAAUGGAUACAACAUGGCGUUGGAGAGAGCGCACCGGGACUUGAAGUUCCUACUGGUUGUCUUGUUGUCGCCGGAGCACGAUUACACAGAUGGAUGGGUCAAGGAGACACUCUUAUCCAAGGAGGUCACCGAUUUCAUCAACGACCCACAAAACAAUGUCAUUGUAUGGGGUGGGAACGUACAGGAUGCGGAAGCAUAUCAAGUUGCUAACUCACUCCGAUGCACGAAAUUCCCCUUUGCCGCCGCGAUAGCCCAUACACCUAGCGUUUCAUCAACCGCCAUGUCUGUUAUUACUAGGAUUUCUGGGGUGACAUCGCCCGCAGAGUUUGUGGAAAAGCUCCGGACAUCGAUCUCGCAGAACAAGGAGCCUCUCGAGCGAAUCCGGGCCACUCGGGCCGAGCAACAGGCCACUCGCAGCCUCCGCGAACAACAAGACUCAGCGUACGAGCGCUCUCUGGCAAUCGACCGAGAACGCGCAAGACAAAGAAGAGAGGCGGAAGCAGCACGGCAACGCGAGGAGCAGCUCGCAGCGGAACGCCAAGCAGCGGAAGAAAAGCGGAUACGUGAUCUUGUGCAAUGGAAGCAAUGGCGCUCCCAAUCCAUUCGGGAGGAACCGAGCGCAGAUGUCAAAGACGCCGUCCGGAUCAGCAUCCGGCUACUUUCAGGCGAACGCGUGAUCCGUAGGUUCGCUCCGGACGCUGAUAUGGAAGAACUCUACGCUUUCGUCGAGUGCUACGAUAUCCUGAAAGAGGCAGGGACGGACGCGUCAGAGAAGACGACAGUGGCGGAGCCAGAGGGGUUCGACCACCAAUACGACUUCCGACUCGUCUCGCCGAUGCCAAGAGUCGUCUACGAGGUUGAUGCUGGUUGCGCGCGGGAAAAGAUUGGCCGCGGCGGUACUCUACUCGUGGAGCCCAUCGACGAGGGGAGCGACGAGGAGGAGUAGGUAGUGGAGGAGGGUACCCUACAUUAGUGUACGCUAAGAUACAUAGACUCGCGUCAAGAUAGACACCACACGCGGCACGCUUGUCUAAUCCGAGUAGCUCUAUGCCAAGCAU